AAAUAUUUUGUAGUGAGCAGAGGACCAAAAUGUGUACAAUAGUAGUUAUAGACAACUCAUGAUGUUGGAGAGAUUGCCCGAAGUUGCAGUUAACGUUUUUGUUCCGUCACCUUUCGCAAGUUUCCAAGUCUUUCCCAGAAACAAAUACACAGUCUACUCCCACAGCCACCGCUACUCCACUACGCCACCCAGUUUCUCUCUCUCUCUCUCUCUCUGUCUCUCUCUCUGACGUUUCUCGUUUGCUAAAUUUAGGUUCUUGAAGAGUUGUAGACGUGUUUGUAUAUAUAUAGGUAGAAGGAUACAUUUUCACGCAUGAAAUGCUGGUUUUAGUUUGGGUGUCUGAGCGCUCAGGUCCACCGAAUUGCCGGCGGUGAGAGUUUUUGUUAUUAUUUUUCUUUUUUUCCGGUGGCUCAGCUUUGAAAAAUCCGGUCUUUGGAGAUGGGUUCGGUCUCAAUUGCGGUUUCGGGGUCCGCCGCGGCAACUCAGAGCAGCGGCGGCGGGUGGCGGUGGUGGAAAAACAGCGGCGGCGGCGCCAAGAACGGAAAUAAUUACGUUAGUGGCGAUCUGUGUGAUCUUUCGUCGGCUUUUGGUUUCUUUGUGGUGUCGUUUGUGGUGCUGGGCUCGAUUGCCGGGCUCUAUUGCCGGCUCAUGCUGACGACAAAUGUCCGUGCGGGCCUCUCCUCCUUGGGCUGCCGGGAGGACAAUGAGGGCUCGUGGGCCAUUGGUGUUUUCUAUGGAGACUCUCCCUUCUUCCUUAAGGCUGUUGAAGAUAUGAAUGUACAGAGGGAUAAGAGUGCAGCAUGGCCAGUGGCCAACCCAAUUGUGACCUGUGCUUCAGCUUCACAACCCGGUUUUCCCAGUAAUUUUGUUGCUGAUCCCUUUCUUUAUGUUAAGGGAGACGUUCUGUACCUAUUCUUUGAAACUAAGAAUUCAAUCACAAUGCAAGGAGACAUUGGAGUUGCGAGAAGCAUUGACAAGGGAGCGACGUGGGAGCAAUUGGGCAUCGCCUUGGAUGAAGCAUGGCAUCUUUCCUAUCCAUAUGUCUUUGACUACAAAGGCCACAUAUAUAUGAUGCCCGAGGGCAGUGCAAAGGGGGACCUUCGUCUGUAUCGAGCUGUAAACUUUCCAUUGCAGUGGAAACUCGAGAAAGUCAUAAUGAAAAAGCCCAUGGUAGAUUCUUUCUUAAUACUGCAUGAUCGAAAGUACUGGCUUUUCGGUUCAGAUCACAGUGGUAUUGGCACUCAGAAGAAUGGACAACUAGAGAUCUGGUAUAGUGCCUCGCCGCUUGGUCCUUGGAGACCACAUAAGAAAAACCCUAUUUAUAACACGGAUAAGAGCAUGGGAGCUCGAAAUGCAGGCAGGCCGUUUAUGUAUAAUGGAAGUCUUUAUCGUGCUGGUCAAGACUGUGGUGGCACAUAUGGGCGACAAAUACGUCUCUUUAGGACAGAAGCUCUUACAGCUCAUGAGUUCAAAGAAGUUGAAGUUUCGUUGGGCCUUAAAGAGUCUAUUAAGGGACGAAAUGCCUGGAAUGGCGCUCGCACACAUCACCUCGAUGUGCAACAACUGAGCUCGGGCGAGUGGAUUGCUGUUAUGGAUGGAGACCGUGUGCCUUCGGGAGAUGUGAAUCUCCGGUUUGUUCUUGGUUGUGCUUCGGUUCUAGGCGUUGCUGGGCUUGUUAUGCUGUUGGGGAUGUUACUCGGAGCUGUGAGAUGUAUUGUGCCCUUAAGCUGGUGCCCGCAUAACGUGGGAAAGAGAAGUGAUGCUUUAUUGGCUUCUGAAAACCCAAACUCAUUCACUUCAAAAUUGAGACUGUUUUGCAGCAGAUUGAACCGAGCAAGCACAUCUCUGCACGCGAGAAUAAAAGUGAACACCUGUAGCGGGAGCUCUAUUCUUGGCUUAAUAUCCUCGGUUGCAGUGUUAUUAACGUGUAUCGGGGUUAGUUAUAUCUAUGGAGGCUCUGGUGCACAGGAGCCUUACCCGCUCGGUGGUCACUAUUCCCAAUUCACCUUAUUAACGAUGACAUAUGAAGCCCGGAUGUGGAAUUUGAAAAUGUAUAUCAAGCAUUAUUCGAGGUGUUCUUCAGUGCGGGAAAUUGUUGUGGUGUGGAACAAAGGAAAACCCCCGCAGUCAAGUGACUUCGACUCUGCAGUGCCCGUGAGGGUUAGAGUAGAGGAAAAGAACUCGUUAAACAAUCGAUUCAAGGCUGAUCCACUGAUAAAGACUCGAGCUGUUCUCGAGCUCGAUGAUGACAUUAUGAUGAGUUGUGAUGAUGUCGAGCGUGGGUUCAGGAUAUGGCGUGAGCAUCCAGACAGAAUUGUCGGGUUUUACCCCCGUCUGGUCGAUGGCAGCCCGCUGAAGUACCGUGCUGAGAAACACGCCCGUGAGCAGGACGGGUACAACAUGAUUCUGACAGGCGCCGCUUUCAUCGACACUGAAUUAGCUUCCAAACGGUACUGGAGCAAGGAAGCCACUGCUGGGCGGGAAGUCGUGGACGAGCUCUUCAACUGCGAGGACGUGCUGCUGAACUACUUGUACGCGAAUGCUAGCUCGUCCAAGGCAGUCGAGUACGUGAAACCAGCGUGGGCAAUCGACACGUCAAAGCUCUCGGGUGCAGGGAUCAGCCAGAACACGCAAGCCCAUUACGCCAUCCGAAGCAACUGCCUCCUAAAGUUUUCGGAGAUGUACGGGAGCAUAGCAAACCGGAAGUCAGAAUUCAGACACCGGAGGGACGGCUGGGAUUUAUAGGCGAUUUCGGGUUAGUAUAAGUUUUGUUUUAAUUGGCUUUUCCUCCUGUUGUGAAUUUUGGUUUGAGGAGGGCUUUAGUUUGGUUGGUCAAGUGUACAUUGGGUGUGUGUGUAGUUUAUAGUUGUUUGGUGAACAAUGUUUAAGAGUUUUGAGAACAUUGCUAGUACAGUUAGUGGAUCCGAUAGGCUAUAGUUGAAGUUGUGAUGAAAGUGUAGAUUUGAAUAAUACAGAAGUUAUUUUUUUUGCAAAAUCUGUAAUUUAGAGUUUUCCGGUUUGACUA